CUGAAACUUUUCUUCCAAACUUCUUAGUUGCAAUUUGGAAGUUGUUGAAGUUGGUUUGAGGCGUUUACCUUAUCCACUAAUUCCAUGCAAUAAAAAUUUAAAUUCUUACAAUUUUUGACAUUUGUGCAAAUUUAAUUUAAUCAUAAUCCAAAAUGCCGCCACGUAAUAAGGAACUAGAAGACGAAGUUUUGGCCUGGAUUCAGGAAGUUAUGGGGGAACCUUUGCCGAAAGGAGCCUUCGAAGAUAUUCUGAAGGAUGGUGUCAUCCUGUGCAAACUUAUCAACAAAAUGGUUCCUGGGAGUGUGAAAAAGAUACAAGAAAAGGGUACUGCCUUUCAACUAAUGGAGAACAUUCAAAGAUUUCAAGCUGCGAUCAAAAAGUAUGGUGUUCCAGAAGAAGAAAUAUUCCAGACUCCCGACUUGUUUGAAAAAAGAAACGUUCAGCAAGUUGUCCUCUGCUUGUUCUCAUUGGGCAGGAUAACGCAGAAACAUCCCGAGUACACGGGGCCCCGACUAGGUCCGAAGAUGAGCGAAAAGAACGAACGGGAGUUCACAGAGGAACAAUUAAGGGCCGAUCAAGGUCAUUUAGGUCUGCAGAUGGGUUACAACAAAGGCGCAUCGCAAUCUGGCCAUGGUGGAAUGGGAAAUACAAGGCACAUGUAAUUUUAACCGACUUCUUGGUUUUGGCAACAGGAUAAAUAAAUAAAUAAAUAAAUAUUUUUAAGCUUAUCUGACAAAGAUAAAUUGCAUGUUUGUGUGGUACAAGAGGAGAACAUGAUUUCCUACCACCUUAAAACCAGAACACUUCCGUAACAACAAUUGAAUACAGUUACAUAUACGGCAAGUAUAUAAGCCAGUUUUCACGACGAAAAAUAACACACUAAACUAACAAAGACAGAACAUAAACUCCUAUAUGGUUUUCGACAAAGUAAUUACUGAUUUUCUUUUGUUCAUGUGUGAAUGGUUUCAAAAAUCUAUGUCACUCGGUCAAAUAAAGACGUCCAGCCAGACAUCCCACAUCUA